AGAGAGCAAACAGAGGAACACAACAAUGGAGUUUCGUGGAGAUGCCAACCAGAGGAUUGCUAGGAUUUCAGCUCAUCUUCAACCUUCUUUCACUCCUCAGAUGGAGGCGAAGAACUCGGUAAUUGGACGGGAAAACUGCAGAGCGAAAGGUGGGAAUCCAGGAUUCAAAGUAGCAAUUCUUGGAGCUGCAGGUGGAAUUGGACAAUCUUUAUCUUUGCUGAUGAAGAUGAACCCUCUUGUCUCUUUACUUCAUCUCUACGAUGUUGUCAAUGCACCCGGCGUCACAGCUGACGUCAGUCAUAUGGACACUGGAGCUGUUGUCCGCGGAUUCUUGGGAGCGAAGCAGCUUGAGGACGCGCUAACGGGUAUGGAUCUUGUGAUCAUACCAGCUGGUGUACCGAGGAAACCAGGGAUGACCCGCGAUGAUCUGUUUAAAAUCAAUGCUGGGAUUGUUAAGACACUAUGUGAAGGUGUAGCAAAAUGUUGUCCUAAUGCUAUUGUCAACUUGAUCAGCAACCCUGUGAACUCUACUGUCCCCAUUGCCGCUGAGGUUUUUAAGAAAGCUGGAACUUAUGAUCCUAAGAAGCUCCUUGGAGUUACUACACUUGAUGUUGCUCGUGCCAACACAUUUGUGGCAGAAGUUCUUGGCCUUGAUCCAAGAGAAGUCGAUGUACCAGUCGUUGGGGGACACGCGGGAGUCACAAUCUUGCCACUACUGUCACAGGUUAAACCUCCUAGCAGCUUCACACCUCAAGAAAUUGAGUACCUCACAAACAGGAUUCAAAAUGGUGGAACUGAAGUUGUGGAGGCAAAAGCUGGAGCUGGAUCUGCAACACUUUCAAUGGCAUAUGCUGCAGCCAAGUUUGCAGAUGCUUGCCUUCGCGGGUUAAGAGGAGAUGCGAAUGUCGUAGAAUGCUCUUUUGUUGCUUCACAGGUGACAGAAUUAGCUUUCUUUGCAACAAAAGUGCGCCUUGGCCGUACAGGAGCAGAGGAAGUGUAUCAGCUUGGACCCUUAAACCAAUACGAAAGGAUUGGUCUGGAGAAAGCAAAAGAAGAACUAGCCGGAAGUAUUCAGAAAGCGACGGCCGUAACCCAAACCACAUCGUGUUUCCUCGCCAAACGAGCUUUUGUUCUACCGGCGAAGAAAUCCUGCGGCGGAUUUGGCGGUCUCUGCUUCAACAGAAGAGCUUUGGUGUUGAAAUCUAAGAGACCCUUCUCCUGCAGUGCUAUUUACAAUCCUCAGGUUAAGGUUCAAGAAGAGGGUCCACCCGAAUCCCUAGAUUAUCGGGUUUUCUUCCUCGAUGGUUCUGGAAAGAAGGUUUCUCCAUGGCAUGAUAUACCCUUGACCUUAGGAGAUGGAGUCUUCAACUUUAUAGUUGAAAUACCUAAAGAGUCAAAAGCAAAAAUGGAGGUUGCUACUGAUGAAGAUUUCACUCCUAUUAAGCAAGAUACUAAGAAGGGCAAGCUCAGAUAUUAUCCGUAUAACAUAAACUGGAACUAUGGGUUGCUUCCACAGACAUGGGAAGAUCCAUCUCACGCAAAUUCUGAAGUUGAAGGAUGUUUUGGGGAUAAUGAUCCAGUUGAUGUUGUUGAGAUUGGUGAAACUCAAAGGAAGAUAGGAGAUGUUCUAAAAAUCAAGCCUUUAGCUGCUUUAGCUAUGAUUGAUGAAGGAGAGCUAGACUGGAAGAUUGUUGCUAUUUCUUUGGAUGACCCAAAAGCUCAUCUUGUGAAUGAUGUUGAAGAUGUUGAGAAACAUUUCCCGGGUACACUAACAGCCAUUAGAGACUGGUUUAGAGACUACAAGAUCCCAGACGGAAAGCCUGCUAACAGAUUUGGUCUUGGAGACAAACCAGCAAACAAAGAAUAUGCUUUGAAGAUCAUCCAUGAAACAAAUGAAUCAUGGGCUAAACUUGUGAAGAGAUCAGUUGAUGCUGGAGACCUUUCACUUUACUGAACAUAUCUUGCUAUCUCCAAUUAUGAGUUCGAAUAAUGAACAGACUGGAGAGUCCUAUAUCAUUCUUGUUUUUCUUUCAUUUGAGAUGUAAACAUUGGGAUUUGUUUUUCACCAUUGAUGACUGAGAAGUAAUAAAUUGACAUUUUGCUU